ACCAGUGUGAGUGGGGGCGGAGCUCAGCAGAUAGAAUAGUUAGUGGUGAAGGACCUGUGAGGAAAGUCAUGUGACAGCAGUGGGCGGGGCUCAGCUGUGAAAUGAAGAGUUGAAUUGUGAGGACAAGGACAGGAAUGAGAUGACUAAGAGAAUAUUACACUUCACCUUGGAGAUCCUCCACCUGCUGACCGGAGAGGAUUACACCGUAGUGAAGAAGACAUGGGGGGAGUGUGUGGCCCCCAGCAGCCAUCUCCAUGAGUCAGAAGGACGGAGCAGGGCCUGGGGCCCCAUCACAGAGCCUUCACCUCACUCACUGAUACAUGAGGAGAAGAUCCUAGAACUCACCCACAGGAUCACUGAGCUGCUGACUAGAGAGGUUCCUAUAAGGUGUCAGGAUGUGGCGGUCUAUUUCUCCAUGGAGGAGUGGGAGUAUGUAGAAGGACACAAGGAUCUGUACCAGGACAUGAUGGAGAAUGACCCCCCAGAGAUGGAUGAGGACAGAGAACAGACGGCUGCAGAGAUAUUUGUCCUCACAUUGGAAAUAAUCUACUUGAUAUCUGGAGAGGAUUAUACAAUAAUGAAGAAGUCAACUGGAGAGAGUGUGACCCCCCAUGAGUCAGGAGGACAGAGCAGGGCCCGGGGCCCCAUCAUGGAGCCUCCACCUUACUCACCGAUACAUGGGAAGAAGAUCCUAGAACUCACCCACAGGAUCACAGAGCUGCUGACUGAAGAGGUUCCUAUAAGGUGUCAGGAUGUGGCGGUCUAUUUCUCCAUGGAGGAGUGGGAGUAUGUAGAAGGACACAAAGAUCUGUACCAGGACAUAGUCAUGAUGGAGGAUCACCGGCCCCUCACAUCACAAGGAAAUCCAAGUAAGAAUUCUGAGGGAAACUUCAUGUUAUCCCUGAAUUAUAAAAGAGAAGAUGGAGAGAUCAUGGAGCGCUCCUCAGGAGAAGAUGGAGAGAUCAUGGAGCGCUCCUCAGGAGAAGACCUCCUUACCUCUAAUGUCCAUCCUGAUUUAUCCUAUAAUAAUCCCCCUGAUCAUGGGGAACCUUCUCCUGACCAACCAGAUAUUGUUACCACAAGGACAGGUCAGGAAAGGGGGAAAGGUUUAUAUUGUGAGGAAUGUGGGAAAUGUUUUAUGAAUAGAUCAGCUCUUGCUAUGCACAGAAAAAGUCACACAAGAAAGACGCUGUAUGUGUGUUCAGAAUGUGGGAAAUGCUGUAUAGCACAAUCAGAACUAAAUAGACAUGAGAGAAUUCACACAGGAGAGAAGCCAUAUUCAUGUUCUGAAUGUGGGAAAUAUUUUGCACACAAAUCAAAUCUUGUAAUACAUGAGAGAAUUCACACAGGAGAGAAACCAUAUUCAUGUUUAGAAUGUGGGAAAUUUUUAACAACCAAAGCAAAGCUUAUUGUGCAUCAAAGAACUCACACAGGAGAGAAGCCAUUUUCAUGUUUAGAAUGUGGGAAAUGUUUUUCAAGUAAACCACGUCUUGUUACACAUCAGAAAACUCACAGAGGAGAAGAGCCAUUUUUAUGUUUAGAAUGUGGAAAAUGUUGUAAAACAAGCUCUGCUUUAAUUGUGCAUCAGAGAACUCACAGGGAAAAGAAGCCAUUUUUAUGUUUAGAAUGUGGGAAAUGUUUCUCAACUAAGGCACGUCUGGUUAGACAUGAGAGAACUCACACAGGAGAUAAGCCGUAUUCAUGUUCAGAAUGUGGGAAAUGUUUUAGAGAUAAAUCAUAUCUUGUUACACAUGAGAGAAUUCACAGAGGAGAGAAGCCGCAUUCAUGUUCAGAAUGCAGAAAAUGUUUUACUUCUAAAGGAGAGCUUGUUAGACAUCGGAGAACUCAUGGAGGAGGGCAGCCACAUUCAUGUUCAGAAUGUGGGAAAUCUUUUAGCACUACAUUUGUAUUAAGGAAUCAUCAGAGAACUCACACAGGAGAGAAACCAUAUUCAUGUUCAGAAUGUGGGAAAUGUUUUGCAACUAAAGGAGAGCUUGUUAUACAUCAGAGAACUCACACAGGAGAGAAGCCAUUUUCAUGUUUAGAAUGUGGGAAAUGUUUCUUAAGUAAAUCAAAUUGUGUUAGACAUGAAAGGAGUCACAAAGGGAAGAAGAUGUUUUGAUGUUUUAUUUGCAAAAGUAUUUUUAUUUUUAUUUUUUAAACAAAUUUUGAAACUCAUCAGAGAAUUUAAUUAGAGAAGAAAUCAAGUUUUUGUUUGUAUGUAAGAAAUACUAUAAUACUAUAUAUAUAUAUUAAACAUCCAGGAGAGGGUUUAAAGGGAACCUGUCCGCGCUAGUU